AUGAGUUCUUCACCACACUCGGCUGAAACUCUAGCUUUUGGUACUCCCACCACCAAUGUUCCUGCACAUGGAGUUACCAUUGCUUCAGGAGUGAUUGACUCUACUCAUCCUUACUACCUUCACCCUUCUGACUAUCCAGGGAUGAACUUUGUAUCCUCAUCUUUUGAUGGAAAGGAUAUGGAGGUUGGAAAAGGGCAGUUAUCAUUGCCAUGUCUGCAAAGAACAAGUUGGGAUUUAUUGAUGGUUCUCUUAUCUUCCCAAAAACUGAUUCUGCAAUCCAGCAAGCCUGAGCAAGAUAGUGCAAAUGAUCUAUGGAGUGACCUGGAAGAUAGAUUUGGUCAGGCAAAUGGAGCAAAGUUCUUUCAAUUACAAAAGGAAUUAAGUUUAGUAGUACAUGGAAAUUCAAGUGUAUCAACUUACUUCACCAAAAUGAAGAGCCCAUGGGAUGAACUAGAUGCACUCAACACUUUUUCUGUUUGUGUUUGUGAGUGUGAGUGUGGGAAAAAAGUGAAGAGCUUGAAGGCACAUCAAGAUGAGAGACUACUGCAGUUCCUAAUGGGACUGAAUGACAUAUUUAUUGGGAGGGAGAUACAUGCUACCCCUGCAUACCCAGGGGAGUCUGCCUCAUUCAUUGCUACAAACCAAUCAGGACACUUCAGAAAGCUUAAUGAAAACAGGAUGCAGAAAACAAGUUUUGAAUUUAAGAAAAAUGCAGGAAUUUGUUCCUAUUGCAAGAAGCCUGGACAUAGCAUAGACAAGUGCUAUAGGAUUCAUGGGUUUCCAGCUGACUUCAAGUUUACAAGGCAGAAAAUUUUUCAGAUAGGACAAAACAGUGCAGGAACCUCUGAUGCUGCAGCAAAAGUGAUCUGUGCUGGUAUGCCCAACUUCUCUGAAGAUAUUGCCUGUUUAAAUCAAAUCAGUAGUGAUUCUUGGAUAUUGGAUAGUGGAGCAACAAUGUCUUUCAACAAAGAAUUUUUCACAAAUUUAAAAACCUUGCCAAAACCUCUCAUGGUCAAACUCCCUAACUCUUAUAGAAUUAAAGUCACUUAUUCAGGAACUGUGCCCCUUUUGCCUAAUCUAUUUCUGCAGAAUGUGCUCUAUAUUCCAUCUUUUAAAUAUAAUCUGUUGUCUGUGCACAAGUUGUGCAAACAACUCAAGCAAUAUGUCUUAUUCACUCCCUUUUCUUGUUUCCUUCUACAAGGCCCUUCAAUGAAGAGCCCACUGGAAAUUGGUAAAGAUAAAUGA